CAUUUGACUUUGAUUGGCUUCUCCUCGGUUGUAGAGAUGCAAAUCGAGAUAAACAAAUCGAACGAAUCUGAACGGACGUGGUCCUAUAUUGCCGUAGUUUAUGCAACCAUUUGGCUCCUCGAUUACGAUUCGGUUGUUUUCAGAUUUUAGCAUUAAGUAGUCCAAGUUGUUACUUGCACAAAAGUUGAUCAAAUUGUUGCCAAGAGAAUACAAUGAAUGAUUUGAUUGCCUAUUGUUCGUGGAUCAUGAUUAGGCACCGCAAGAAGGAAAUCGUAUUAUAUAGUUUGUAAGCUGUCGUGAAACCAAACAAAAUGUUUUCUCUAGGUUUAAUUGAGCAGUGCAUGUGCACGGGCACUUAACUAGUGCAUAGAACUAUUCGACCAAGCUAUUCCAGUUGUCCGUAUAUAACAGAUCAUAGAGAGUUGACCAUUUGUUCGGUUCGAGAAUCUUUCUGUACCUUGAUCCUGCAAAAGUAUUUCGAGUUGUCAUUAUUAAGCAAAACAUGAGACCCAAGUGUUGCGUUUGACAAACUACUGGCCUAGAGAUGCAUUUCGAAGUAGUAUUCUUUUUUCUCCCGGCCUCGAUUUGCUGAUGGAUGAAGGGCGGGCCUGGUGCAGCGGUAGAGCCUACCGUCUGUAACCGGAAGGUCCCGGGUUCAAGCCCCAGCCUCUGUACAUUUGUGCGGGAAAGGCUUGGCGCUUAAAACAACCCUUCCCCAGACCCCGCGCAGUGCGGGAAGCCUACAACAUUGGGUACGCCCUCGAUUUGCUGAUGGAUGGUCUAAAACUUCUACAAAGUGCACAUGCUUUCACAUGGUUUCGCAAUUUUCCUAAGAUUGGCUCCUUGUUGGUUGAUGAGAUGCAAAUCAAGAUAUUCAAAUCGGACGCAUCUUGACGAACGACGACAGUGCUCUGAGUCUUCCAUUUCCACAAAAGCAGCUUCUCAAACCCAUUGUCUAGGUUCUCCUCUCCACCCACACAACCGUGUUUCCCUGUGUCUUGUGCGUGUGUUUUUGAGCUCCAGGCGUAGCCAUGGCUGAGGUACUGGCCACCAUGGUGGUCGGGCCGCUGGUGUCCAUGGUGAAGGACAAGGCCUCCAGCUACCUCCUGGACCAGUACAAGGUGAUGGAGGGCAUGGAGGAGCAGCACAAGCUUCUCAAGCGCAAGCUGCCAGCAAUCCUGGAUGUCAUCACCGACGCCGAGGAGCAAGCAGCAGCCAAGAGAGAAGGGGCGAAAGUUUGGUUGGAGGAGGUCCGGAAGGUUGCCUACCAAGCGAAUGAUGUCCUCGACGAGUUCAAGUACGAGGCGCUGCGCUGCAAAGCCAAGGAGGUGCAGUACAAGGCACUCGGCAUGGAUGUAAUAAAGCUCUUCCCUUCUCACGACCGUAUUGUUUUCCGUUACAAGAUGGCAAACAAGCUCCAUAUGAUCUUGCAAGAAAUUGAUGUCCUCAUCGCAGAGAUGAAUGCAUUUAGGUUCAAGUUCAAACCAGGGCCGCCAGAGCCCACAAAUUACUUGAGGCAGAAUAAUUCUGAUAUCAUUGACCCAACAAACAUUGUCAGCAGAUCGAGAGCUAAUGAGAAGAAGAAGGUUGUUCGUAUAUUGCUUGCUCAAGUGGGUAAUGAGAAUCUCACGGUCCAUCCAAUUGUUGGUAUGGGAGGGUUGGGCAAGACCACCUUAGCACAGCUCAUUUACAAUGAUUCUGAAAUCCAGAAGCAUUUCGAGUUGCGGCUUUGGGUGUGUGUCUCUGAUAACUUUGAUGUGGAUUCCUUGGCUGAUAGAAUAGUGAAAGAGAAUGGUUGCAAACCAGAUGGAAGUUCAGCACUAGAGAAGCUUCAAAAUGCAGUGAGUGGGAAGAGGUUCCUCCUCGUAUUGGAUGAUGUCUGGAGCCGUGAUGAGCACAAUUGGGAAAGGCUGAAGUCCUACCUUCAACAUGGUCGCAAAGGCAGCUCACUGCUGACAACAACCCGUGAUGACAAAGUUGCUCAGCUAACGGGUACAACAGAAGCUCACAAUCUCAAUAGCUUGGAUGAAAUCUACAUAAAGGAAAUUAUUGAAACAAAAGCAUUCAGUUUGAGACAAGUAGAGCAAAGGCCUCGUGAACUAGUUGACAUGGUUGGUGAACUUGUGAAGAGAUGUUGCGGCUCUCCUUUGGCUGCCACAGCUUUGGGCUCUGUACUGCGUACCAAGACUAGCAAGAAAGAAUGGGAUGCUGUACUAAAUAGAAGCAUGAUUUGUAAUGAGGAAAAUGUGAUGGCAUAUAAGCCUAGUGUUUGUAUCUUAAUUAUGUUUUAGACUUGCCUUGGCUUCCAAGUUGAAGGGCCUUGGC